AGAAACACAAAACAACCGUUUACUUCCUGUGUGUUAGCACGAGCCAAUUAUUACUGAGGUCACAGUGUCUGCAAAUACUUAAAGGUAUUGCCGAGUUUAUCAAGAUACAGUCAAUGAAAAUAUUUUACUUUUAAGUCUGACGAAAUUUACAGUAAGGUUAUGGCAGGAAGAAAGAGAAAGAUGCUAACAUUAACAGUAGCACAUGAACAGUCAGGAUCAUUGAACAACCACAGAAACCGGACGGAACAGAAACUUAAAGAUUCACCUGCCAAGCUUAAAUGUGAAAAUGAGAAAAGUGUUGAGACCGAACAAAGUUAUUAUUUCAGAAACAAUGAUCAACAGCCCAGACUGGGGGAGGGUUUCUUCAGCCAGCCUUGCAUCAGUUUGGCUAAAGCAUUCCUUGGCAAGGUGCUGGUCCGCAAGUGUGCAGAUGGUACCGAGUUGCGAGGGAGGAUAGUUGAAACUGAAGCCUACCUUGGAGGGGAGGAUAAGGCGUCACACUCAGCAGGAGGCAAACGUACCAAGAGGAACACAGCCAUGUUUAUGAAGCCAGGCACAAUUUAUGUGUAUCCAAUCUAUGGCAUCUAUCUUUGUAUGAAUGUCUCCAGUGAAGGGGAGGGUGCUGCUGUGCUGCUACGUUCACUGGAGCCCCUGCAGGGCCAGCCCAUCAUGAGGGAGCUGAGGGCAGCCAGACGCAAGGAGGGAGCCAGUCAACUGAAGGACAAAGAGCUCUGCAACGGGCCUUCAAAGCUCUGCCAGGCUCUAAAUAUACUCCGUUGUUUUGACCGUCGGGACUUGGCUUCAGAUCCAGAGGUGUGGCUGGAGAGAGAUCCAUAUCCAAGUCCAACAAAACCCCAGGAUAUAGUAUCAGCACCACGCAUUGGAAUUGAGUCCCAUGGGGAUUGGGCCAAGAAGCCCUGGCGGUUCUAUCUUCGUGGGCACCCCUGUGUUAGUGUUGUGAAUAAAGAAGCAGAGAGACAGUCUUUGUCUGGAAAUCUAAUGAACGAUUUAGGUCCCUCAGAUGUGAAGUCUGAGACGGGACAACCUAAUGUCAAAAAAACUUAACAGGAAUAUUCCUGGAACUACUCUGCCAUCUGUUCCCUUUUUAAAGUUAACCAUUUAGACCGAACCAAAAGCGGAAUUUUCUGUUUGCUUUUUGGAGAUACACUGUUCCUUACACAAGAAAAUAGUACUUGAAAAAUGUACUUUUUUUAUGUUGGCACCUCUGUUAAGUGUCAAAUAUUUGGUUGGCAAUUUAAUUAUAUGUA